AUGAAGAUUCCUCAUACCUCACCUGAUAUAUAUAAUAUCCAUAUGGCAAAGACAGCCAUUACAGCUUUGAACCCAAUAAUGGCUACUUCACAUGCUCGGUCUAUCAGCUUGCCUUCUCGAUCAAACCCCAAAAUUCUUCAAAUACAAGAGCUUCUUUUCAGGUUAAAGCCUGUUGAAAUUGUCUCUCUGUCAAUGUCCGAAAUGAGCAACAAACUCGGUGGUGUUCGAGAUCUGCUCGAAAUUUUCAACGAGUUAUUGUUAUUGUCACAGACACAACAAGCUUUACUCCGAGGAUGUAAUGAAAAAUGGGCUGAUGACUUGCUUGACGGACUUGUUUUGCUACUGGACGUAUGCGGCAUUGCUAAGGAUGUGUUUUUGCAAUCCAAAGAACACAUUCGAGGACUCCGAUCGAUGUUUCGAAGAAGAAAAGCCGACGAAUUCGACCUCACAAAGGAGAUCAGUCACUACUUGGCUUCCAGGAAGAAAUCAAACAAGUUGAUUCAUAAAGUCUCAAAAGAUUUAAACACUAAACGUAGCUGUUCCACCUCGUACAGCAAAGCCGGCAACGAUAACACCAUGGCCACGGCAGACAUGUCGAGACAGAUCCAACAUGUCGUUCUCACAACACUCAAAUCUCUGCUAUUGUACAUAACAGGAUUCAAGACACAGACAAAGGUUGGCAGGUGGAGUUUGGUUUCUAAUCUGAUACGGUCGAAACAUGUGGAUCGAAACGAAUUCGAGAAAGUGGAUGAUGCAUUGAACGUGUUGCUAGAUCAUAAAGCAGAGAAACAUAGUAACCAGAAUCUACAAACCGAAUUGGGAAAACUGGAGUUGAGCUUUGAAGAUGUUGAACAACAACUGGAACGCUUGCACAGAGAUUUGAUUAAAACCAGAGUCACCCUUCUUAAUAUCCUUAGUCAUUAG